AUGCCUCUCCUCAAGUCGUCCCAUCAUCAAACUCCGUUGACGUCAACUGCAUCCACACCAACAACAACAUCUGCAGCCUUGACGUCGUCGAUGAAGGGCAAAUCAUCAUCCUCUUCGCCGAUAGUAGUGACGAGGAUGGAAACAAAGAACAACACUUCUUAUCAUUACGAUGAUUUAAUGUUAACGGAACAACAAUUAUCGGGCAGUGAUGAAGAUUCAUCGGAUCAGGAGGAUAAUGAUGUGGAGAGUAUGGAUACACCAUCGGAACACUACAUUCAAAGACAACAAUAUUUAUCGAAUAUUUUGGAUGAAAUUUCAAGUUCCGACGAUGAAAACAAUGGUGGAACAGCUCACAACAAAUCCAAUCAUGCAUUAUCAUCCUCAAACCACGCAGCUAUAUUACGUAAAAUAUUAAAAGACAAUGAUGAUGAUUAUCUCAAUAACGAUGAUGAUGAAUAUGAUGACGAUCGUGAUGAAAAUUUGUUGGAUCAGAUCAUUCACAAUGAGAGUUCUGUUUCCUCUUCGAUUGCAAGAAAAAAUUCAGAAUUCAUGUCAACAACCAAAUCGAAUGGUGCAGUAGAAAACAAACAACAAACCAUAGCGCCCAAUGUAUCAAGAUCGAAUAGUAUUUACUUUUCACCUUCUGCAAUUUUACUUGACAUGAAAUUGGACGAUUCUGAGAAAUUUGAAAUUCUCAAACAAGCAAGUGUUUUAGAACAAACAAAAUAUCAACUCGAGAAAAUAUUUAUUCCCUAUGAUCCCACUACGAAAAGACAGCAAUAUACACCAGUGACAAUGACAGGAAAUUCCAAAAAUCAUCUGGUAACAGUUUUGACAGUUCCAUCUGAAGAAGAAUACGAGAAAAAGAAAAUUCUUUUGAGAACUCUUCGUGUGAAACAAACUGAUCGAGUGAUUGACAAUAUUCUAAGCUCUGCACGCUCUUCAUCGUCUUCUGAUGAAGAAAAUGAGCCCUCACAACAGCAUCAUGAUGGAGAUCAAGAAAAUAAUCACCACGGAGCUUCUCAUUUCGAAGAUGACGAAAACAUGUCGACUUCAUCAACCUCUGAAGUGGCAUCUGACUAUCUGCACAAUUUAAUGAGAGCGGAUGAAACCGAUUCAGAUCUUGAUUCAGAAAAUACAGAUCCUGUCAAUGAACAAAAGAAUCCUCCAUCCACAGAAGCAUCAAACGAGGAAGCAAGAGCUCUACUUACAGCCAUGAGAAAGAAAAACAUCAAAGAUUUAAAAGAAUUCAAUUCUUUAGAGAACUCAAACUGGAAAGAUUUUUAUGGAGGAGCCCUCGCUCAAAACAUGUCAAUACUCAAGUUAGAUUUAAUGAAAUCGGUGAAUGACUAUUUGGAAAUUCAUCGCCAAGAAAUUGGUAUCUGUAAAGUAAUUAAGGUAUCCUCAACAAUUUUAGCUGUUGGUACUUCGAACGGAACGUGUGUUAUAUUUUCCAAUAGCAGCACCAAAGUCACUCAUCUCAAACUCUCUGGAAAAUCUAGUACUCCUCAAAAGUCUGUACAUCAACAAAUUAACCAGUACAAUGCUGUCACAUGUAUGGAUAUUACCUCGACAGGAAAUUUCCUCGUUUGUGGGUAUGAGUAUGGAGAUAUUGCAUUCUGGAGCAUUCAAAAUAAUGGAGAACUUGUCAAAAGAAUUAACGGAAAAGGAGAGGAAAAUACUAAUUAUGAAUUUUCAACUCCUAUUGACAAUAUUCAAUUUAUCAAAAACAAUCCCUACAAAAUUCUAGUAUCUUCGUACGGAGUUGUAAAACUAAUUACCCUCAAGGAAAGACUAAUUAGACUUGGAGGUAAUUCGUUUGUUCAUGAAGUAUUGAAAGUCACUGAUGAAAAAUUUGAAAAAGUCGUUGACAUGAAAAUUUUACCUGAAGGAGAAACUUAUCAUCCGAGUAAUGACUACCUAAUUGUAGCAAUGGCUACACCUAUUGGUAUAUUUGUGAUGUGUCUGGAACCUUUUGUGAAAAUAUUAUGCUUCCUUUCAAAACCAGAAGAAGUUUCCCAAACUCAGCUACCUUACUUGUGUUGGCGAAGAGCUUUAGCUCCUAUUCAAUUUAUUACGACUCAUGAGACUGCACUUUCCCAACAACUGAGAGUUCACAAGACUAAACCUCCACUACUAGCCAUCGCAUGGGGAAACAUUUUGAAUAUUUUCCAACUUGAAAUAGAACCUCAAACAUUGCUUGGAGAAGUCGAUUCGUCACUGCCACACAAUUACAACUCGAAUGUAAAUACUGAAAUGUUUAGAGUUUCUUGCAUGGAAUUCAAAAACGAUUUAAUUGGAGGUGUGUGGUCGGGAGAACAGGUCAUGCUUUUGGUGGAUAGAGAUCAUCAAGUGUUAGUGGUAGAUCCAUUCGCCACAAAAAAUGUCGAAGAGAGAAAAAUUACAUUUGAAAUACCGACCAAAGUCACACAAGAAAAAAUUAUAUCCACACAUCAUUUGACCUACCAUUCAAGAUUUGACAUUAAGAACGAAAGUGGAAAAUUCACUCUUCAUCCAGUGCCGUCCUUCCAUUCAUCCCUCUGUACAAAAUCUUCGUCUGUGGAUGGCGUUGCCUAUUUACUUUGUGACAAUGACAUGAACAUUAAUAAUCAAGUGGUCAUUACUGUAAAAGUGCUCAGUUGGAAGGAGCGUAUCGACCAGCUCUUAGAAAUGGGAUCAUGGAAUCAUGCUCUCAAACUUGCUCUGAAUUUUUAUCAAGGAAAAGGUAUUGCAGUUAUUGGUCUUCCAACGGAUUCAAGUCUUCGAAAACAACUAGCAGGUGAUAUCAUUAACUCAAUUUUGGAAGGAUAUGUGGAAUAUUACACAUCACAAUUAUCGUCCGAUCAUGAAGAAUCUUAUGAAUCUUAUGAAUAUUAUGCUGAGUUGGCUAAAACUUGUAUUCGAUAUUCGAUUGAAAUUGAGAAAUCUGAAAAAAUAUUUACCACUUUUUAUGAAAUAUUUAAAGCCAAACACAAUGACAAACUGUUUUUAUCUAUCAUCGAGGAAUUCAUUGUCAAAGGAUUACUAGUUUCCAGAGAAUCCGAGAUUGUUGUUAUUCCCAAUCAAUUUAUUGAAAAAAUUAUCAAUCACCAUUUUGAACAAUAUGAUCGACGAAAUUUAAGCGCUCUUGAACAUUUAUUACUGUCGCUUGAAUACAAUGAUCACAUCAGCACCAAGGAAUAUAGCAAUCCAGAUUUUUGCAAGAAACUUAUUGAAAAAUGUAAACAAUAUCGACUCUUCAAAGCUAUGGCACAUAUCUAUAACAAGGGAUUAGGCGACUUUGUUACUCCAGUGAAAGAGAUUUUGAAAAUAAUUUUUGAUCCAAGUAACAAUAACGCCAGUGACAGGCCACAAUGUGUGACACUCCUGUUUGAUUAUCUAGAAAACUGUUUUCUCAACGCAAUGUCGAUUUCAAACCAACGAAUUUCUACUAGCUUAUUGUACGAUAUCAAGUUGACGCUUCUGAACACAGUAGUUCAGGAAACUACUGUCAGUCAAUACUCAACCAAACGAUUCCACACACUUUCUCGUCUGAUUAUUCUUGACUCUAAGAGAUUCUUUAAAUGGUUAGAUGACGUUUUCUCUGACACUUCAACCACCAGCCUCUGGACUUCCGAACAGCAAGGGACUCAGCCAUCUCAUCCCCUAUAUGCACCGUUAACCAAACAGUCUGUUGUGGAUGCUUUGACAUAUAUAUUUUGUUCUUCCUCAAGCCAUGCAUUUUCCCCUUGGGAAAUCAGAACCAAGAAGUUUUCCAUUGAAGAGGAGCAGCAACCACAAUCCAAUUGGAUUCCAAAUCUGGAAGAUUGCGUAUACUUUUCAUUAUUUAUGGCUAAACAGCUAUCUCAUUCCAGCCAGCAAUUUCCAGAUAGAAAUUCUAUUCGUGUCUCUACUGAUGUCAUUCACAGAAUUUUUUCAACCUUGUGUUAUGAAGGAAAUCUUUUUGACGAUGAUAUUAGCACCACACAACUAGAAUUGGUUGCAAUUUUAACUAACAUUUUGAAUAUCAUUGACAGAAAAGAUUCCAAGGCUGUCAUUAAUAUGGAAGAGCUUAUUACAUGUUGUAGAAAUUCUCGAUUCCACAAAGUGCUCAUUUAUUUGUACUCUCUUAAAGGAGAUUAUGAGAAAUUAUUAGAUGCCUACCUUUCUGACAAUGAUUUAAGAAGUGGAGUUUUCACGUUUAUUAAUAAUUUGACCAAACUAGAGUCCAACAUUGUCAAUCGUGAGAUUAGUGAACUCUUCCAAAUUAAUGAAAAGACAAUUCUCAAUAAGGAUCAAAUUUAUGCAAGAAUCAAAACUGCUACCAUCAAUCAUUUGUCACAACUGAUCGAAUGUGAUAGCGAUGCCACUGCUCACUUAAUCAUCAUGCAUUUUACAAGUGAGCAUGAAAAAGUAAUUUCUUCGUUGAAUAAGUAUCCUAAAUUACAAUUCCUUUACCUUAAAAAUAUUAUUGGAGUGGAGAACACAAGUGAUUCGAUGCACGAGCUGUUGAAACGUAAGGGGUUAACUCUCGAUAGAAAUGUUCAUCUCAAAUAUUUCCAAUUACUGUGUGAAUUUGAACCUCAAUCUGUUUAUACCUAUGUUGCUUCACAACGAGAUUAUCCCAUUGAUGAAUGUCUUAAAUUCUGUAGACAACACAACAUCAUUGACGCCACAUCCUAUCUUUUAGAGAGAGGAGGGGAUGUUGUUGGAGCCGUCAAGUUGUAUCUUGAAAAAGUCGACGAAAAGAUGAGAAGUCUUGCAGAACAAUGUGUUUCAGAAGAAGAUCGAUUUAUUCGAAGCAUCAAUUUCAACGAUUAUCUAGCUGUAACGAAUAACUCUGAAAACAACAGUGCAGAUGAUGGAGGAAUUAAUGGACCACCACUUUCAGAUCUAUUCUAUUUAUUGAAAGAGUUUGAUGGAAAGUACAAAACCUUUCUACAAAUUAAAUGGGAAGAAGAACAACAGCAACGAAAGUUAAAAUUGUCAACAGUGGUGGAUCCAAAAGUGAAAAAAGAAGAGGAAAAAUUCGAGCUUAAAAGUUGGGCAAACAAAAUGCUUUCUGUUGUCACUGCUUUUGCCAAGUCUUCAGCAUCAGAAAUGCAUGAAACAUCGGCCACUCAAGAAAUGACUUCAAUGAUCACCAAUCCUGAAAGUUUAUCCAGAGGUAAAAGAAGACUACUCGAAGUUCAGCUCUAUUCAAGUAGUGUCAUGAACAUUUUGCAAUCGGAAACUUAUGAAAAAUUCAAAUCUCUCAUCACUGAUAUUGUCAACAUGUGUAAGAGAAAUAUGGACAAUGGAAGAUUAACAGAUAAGGAUGUGAAAAUAUUGUGGUUCCAUUUACUGGAUAAGAUUAUUGUGCCUCUACGAGAACUUUUUGAUUCAUAUGCAGCAGCCUCACAAAAUAAUGCAUCAUCUACAAUCACAGCGGUUGCAACAAACCAUUCAUCUUCAAAAUCUAAUGAAAGCAUACCAAGUACUCAGAAAAAGAAGAAGAAAUCAUCAAAUAGUGAUGACGACGAAGACAAUGAUUCCAAUGAUGAUGAAAUUGAUAAUGACAUGACUUUCAUGGAUGAUCUCAGUGAUGACGAAGAUAUCACCAUUGAAGACAACAUUAAUGAUCACAAAGAAAUGAUUAAUUCUGCCAUUCGAGAAAAAGAAAAACUUCAAGAAAAAGUGAGAUAUGAAUUUGAUCCAGUUGUCACAAAGACAACCUAUGAAAAGAUUGCCAAAAUUGAAAAACGAAUUACUUCUCUUAAAAAGUAUCUUGCUGAUUUAGAGUAUGAAAAGGCACGAGAAGAAGAACGAAAGUUGAGAGAAGCAACGGAUCCUCUUGCUCCUAAAAAUUUAAAAAAUCGACCAAGCAAUCUAUUUUUCCAAGUGUGUUUACACCAUUUACUGAAAUUUAUUUUCACAGAAAUGUCAAAUUCAUCAUCAAGUAUUCAAGAUGAAGAACAACAAGAUCCACACAUGUCGAUGAAUGCAGAAAAGAAAUUUGAAAAGAAAUUUUCUGUUUUUGGAUUAUUACAAAGUGCAACGAUUAAUUACAAGAAGGAUUUAUAUGGAUAUUUUAAAGAACCGCUUUUAGACAUGUAUGACAAGUGUGGUUUCGAAUUAAUGCUCUAUCAUUCCAUUAAUCGAUUAUUAUGCAAUGACGUGAAUUGGUUACAAAAUCGAUACAUUCGUCGAUUGAAACGAGGUACAAAACCACAAAGUUAUACCUGUCGAUUAUGUGAAUCCUCCAUUUAUGAUCUUCAGGAAGAUAACAUGAAAGGAGGAAAGUUACGAGUGUUUUAUUGUGGACAUGCCAUGCAUGAACAUUGUUUGGAUGAAAUUAAUUGCAUUUCACACUGCCCUAUUUGCAGUCAUCAAGAUGGAGCAAGUGACACGACCACAGAUACCAUGAAACAAAAGAAUACCAUUGAAAAGAAAAAAUCCAUGUCUGGAUCAUCCUUGCUGCAUAAUUAUUCACUUGAGGCAGAUGUCAAUUCAGGACAGGUGUUUGUGAGUGUUUACAAAAAGCAACGACUCAGAAUGGUUGAAAAUUCACUUGCAAACGCAUUGAAAGCAAGACGAAAAUUAUUUGACGAAUUGGACAAAACAAAUGACAAGACUGUCACAGUGUCGGAACAUCAGGGAUCGACCUCUCAUAAUGAUGAAACACCACAACAAGAACAACAAUCAAUAGAGAAUUCUUCUCAGCAACCUCUCAAAGCACUCAGAUAUGGCUCCUAUUCAAAAGCUCAAGUCAGUUAUUCUACCAUUUUAAAACGACAACGUUUAGUGGAUGAAAUCAAAGUGGAUGAAGACUACGAAGCAACCAAGGUUUCAAAACCACGCAACAACGCAGCUAUGAAACAAUCACAACCCUCAGUGAAAAAGACAUUGAAAUUGGAUUUACCAAAAAAGUCGACGUCAACCAAAGAUGAAGUUAAAUGUCAAUAUAUUCCACCAUAA